CUAGUCUACUGGAUUUGAUUUUUCAAAUCAGCGGGUUGUUGGUAAUCUAUUGGUCCGUGUAGACAAUAUCUCUCUGCCUAUUCUUUUCAUACUGCUUAGAUGCAUAGACCCUUGUUUUCACAACACCUCAUUCAUACAGCUCACAUCUAAACAAUGACCAACUAUACACAAACCAAUACAAAAUUACACGUCACAAAACUCAUCGAUUCGGAACAGUGCCGAAAAGUCUACAAAUCGCCACGGAUCCUUCGGAUGCUGCCAAACUGCCACGCGAGUCGCACCGUUGGCUGCUGCAGCUACCCGGAGCUAGUAGUAUGGCUCAGAGACUAGCGAAAUGGGGAUGAAUGCGAGCCAAAGAUACACGCCACAACGCCAGGCUGAGCAGAGCGGCAACUAUUACAAGUAUUGGAUAAGGAUACGGGCGUCUUUAUUGAAUGCGAGGCAAUGCGAAUUGGCAGCCUGCAUACGCGAUUCCUACUGCUGCGCCCCAGCCGCCUCACUCUCUCUUCCCUCCCUUGAACCGGAACACGACCUCACGAUAGGCUGGCAUGUCUCGGAUCAAUGUGGGAUAGAUAAGGUUGACAGCACCCAGCCGCGCUUUACGCGAAACAGGCGCUUUUCUUUAUCUUGCGCCCUCGAUGCUGCGCUGCACGAAGAGUAUGCGUUGCCAUGAUGUUACCGGGAAUAGAGAGGCCACUUGUGAGUGCAAGUGUAAUCGUCACUGGGGAUCCACGGUGGAGCGUAGCAUUUACUUUUUUUGGUCUGUUUGCAUCUGGGGCCGCUGUAUCCGACGACUAAAAGACUACUGAUGCUGCGCGCUGGGCCAUUGACUUUUUUUCUCGUGGGAAAGGGUUCUUUUUAUGUGUCCGGUGCAUUGUCUCUGCUGGGAGAUGAGUUCAAUGAUAAGAAAGAAAAAACAAGAAAAAAAUGAACCACAACCCAGCUGAUGCUGCUCCGGAUAUUUUUUUGUUGGGCAGGUUAAUUUCCACGUCCCCCCAGCAGCCAGCACCAGCUUAAUUCCACUGCCUUUGCUGUGAAAUUGAAUAUGGAGUCCAGCCGCAUCAUCCCUUUUUUCUGUUGCCGUUGUCCCCGCCUCCGCCUUUCUAAGCUGGCUGCCGUCGCUCCCUUCCCCCUAGAAUCGGUGUAGAACACGUAGUGUGGGUGUUGGGAAUAGGGCCCUCUUCCGGCGCGUUUAGUGCUUGCAUGCCCUCUGUAGCCCCAGAAGGAAAUCCCGGAGAUAGACCGCGAGUGCCGCGACAAGACCAGGCUGCCUCUCCCACCUUUCCACAACCGGGAAAACGAGGAAAAGAAAGUAGGAAAAUAUACAAGACAUAGUCCGAGAGUAGAAGAAGCUGCCCUUAAUUUUUUCUUUUUAAUUUUCUCACGUCAUUCAUUCUCUUUUCCUUUGUUUAAACAGACGACAAGUCUCGCUUUCUUUUCCCCAACCUUAGCGCCGCAGCUCGGGCCUUCUUCUCCUCACCUGCCAGACGUAGUGCGCUCCGUCAUCAAACACUCCCAACCAGCCACGACUGUCAUUGAUCAUGGCCACGGCGCACUAGACCGUCACUCCAACAGGGCCCGGGACAAGCUAGAAUACUCUUAGCUCGACGCGCGCCCGCCUCCCGCCGACAAUGGCGCUCCUCAGCCCGACUUUUCUGCUGGGAGUCGUUGUCGUUCUCUAUCUCUCCUCGUUUGUCUUCUUUGCCAUUAUCCGAAUCCUUACGGGCGUUUCCAUCCAGAGAAUUGGUUAUCUAUCCCUCCGACGAUUAGCAUAUACGCCCCGCGAUGGCUGCCGAGUCGAGAUCCGCGGGCUCGGCCUCAACAUCCAUAGACCGACUUUUGCCCAGCCGACCUGGGUCAGUAUUGCAUUAAACGAGCUUGUAGUCACUGUCGAUCUCCGCGAGCUGAAUGGAAGCAAAUCCGUCGAUGCUUCGCUCGCCAGCGACUCCGAGCAAGAUGCGCCCACCAGCCCGACUUCGGGCGAGAAGCCACAGAGCAGUACGCCCAAGAGCGACGACGAAGCUGCCGAAAAUUCAACCUGGAGAUCGCUCUUUGAUUUGAAGGAUAAACUCAAGAAGCUGCAUAAAAAUGUCCGCUGGAUGCGCAUGGUGGAUAUCAUGGCCACAAAUACGACCAUCAAUAUCGUCGACGUGGGCAGCCUGCAGGUUGGAAGCUUCACUGUUGCUGUUGAUACGCGCAACAAGACAGUCGACCGUACACGUUUCUUUUCUCUUCGACCUGGCGCCAAGAAGCGCAAGCCGCAAGCCGAAUGGAUUAUUUCCGUCCGCAGCGUCCUCUUUACAGCCGACGGCAGAGAGUCGUUGGAGAUCCUCGACAAUGUCUUGGUUAAUAUUCAUGGCUUCAUUGAUCCCACGAGAGAUGGCCUCCGCGACACGACAAUUAGCGUCAAGUUUGGACGAGUGCAUAUCCCCUACGACGACUUUAAUAUCUGCGCCACGCAGCUUAAGAAACACAAGCGAGCGUCCACAUUUCGCGAAAAGGACAGCGGCGACAUAUCUCUCCAUGCCCCGAGCUUGAAGACGAGGAAGUCAGAAACAGAAGAGGCUUCUACUACUAAAAAUACGCAUAAUUCUAGAGACUUUUUCAACUCUAUAUUGCGUGGCAUCAAGGAAAUCCAGUUUGCGGUCAGCCAUAUCGGCCUGACUAUGGGUAUUGACGCUGUCAAGCCAAACGCGGUGCCUAUUCAGUUUCACGCUUCCAUGAAGGAAAUUGGUAUCGAUUUACACAGACUCGACCCCAAUUCUGCAGCACAUCGCAUGUACUUUCCCACCAAAGACAUCGCCCACGAAGGCCUCGCUGCCGCCCUCUCUAUAUCCCUUGGCCUCGACGAUGGCCAGGGCCGCACAGAACGACUACUCUAUAUUCCCAUGGUUACGACAACAGUUCGAACUACACUGCCUUCUAAAACAGUACAAUUAACCGAAGAUGGAGGUGUUGAUGAAAAGAAUACGAAUAUUUUAUACGCAAACUCGGUCGUCACGUCGCCCUCAGUAGAUCUCGACCCAGCUCACCUCCCUCUGAUUAUAGCGCUGCUCCAGCCAAAACCUAAACCACCGACGUUUCGAAAACAAUCUCGCGGCAGUAUCUUGUCUAGAUUCUUACCCAAGGCCAACAUUAAGUUUUCAAUGCACGAACCCGUUAUGCGAAUUAAGCUCAAGCCGUUGGAAAAAACCGGCGAUGCGGACGAUUUCGACCUUAUUAUUUCUUCCAUCUCGUCUGUAUCCAUGGACGUCGAGUCGUCGCAUUCGCCCAUUGAAGACCUCCAUUAUUCGCUCGACGGCUCCAUGCGCCUCCAGACUCACGAUUUAUACUACCAGACUAAUGCUGGUGAGCGAUUCAACCUGAUAACAACCGAAUCAUUUGACAUGAAGGUGCAUGUUGUUGCCGACCCAGAAGUGUCUGUCGAUUUGACUGGUACCAUCCAGUCCUUUGCUGUUAGCAUGGUUCGACCGGAAAUCACAGAUGGUCUCCGACAGAUUGUACGGCAGCUACGCAUCGACGUCGAGCCUGAAAAGAGAGCCGCUCCCAAAGUCAAGAGACAACGAAACUUUCUUCGCUCGGCCCCGGAUUGGCUUCUGCGCUACCACAUCGAAGCCAAAGACUUCAAUGUCGAAGUUGCUGGCGUUGAUGAGGACAUUUCCGACGAUACUCGCGGCGUAUCGCUGCAUUUAGAUAAUUUUGCUGCCGAAUACCGCGCCCAUAGAUUGGACGGAUUGCAGCGCCGGACUCAACGAAGACGCACUCACAGCCGAUCCAUCACCCAGUCGGACUCGGAUAUGACGCCGUCGUCGUCUCCUAGAUUUAGGCGCAAGGCACAAAUACCCGGCGAUGGCCGCAGGCUAAGCCUCCACGCCAAGGGCAUUGAAGCCCAAAUUAUUGAAGCUGCCGACAGACUCGAAGUCGAGCCCUUCUUAAGCAUCCCGCGCUUGGAGCUCGCCUUUUCUGCCUCGAGUGACAGCCACGGCGCCAUGUUCCACAUUCAGUCGUCUGUUCGCACCGUUAUGAUGCAGUACUCGCUUUACCGUCAUUACGCCCUGGGUGUCGCCGGAAUGACACUGAGAAAGGCGUUUGUGAGAACGGGCGGGGAUGCCCCAAGGCAACCAGAGCAAGGAAGCUAUGCUCGCGCGAACCGCCUGGCUCCUCCAUCGUCCGGCAUGGAUUCUCCAGGAACCAUCGACUCUGAGCUUGUGGUCAUUGAUUUCAAGGCUUCCUUGGUACAGCUCAAGGCUGAGAUGCCGCAUGAUCCUUUGGUCAUGUUCCACGUCUACGGAAUCGAGGCUGGUCGCCAUCGCUGGGCAACGCCAUUCUUGGCUGCCAAGCUGAUCCGCAUGUAUGUCCAGCCGCCAAGAAUGAGGCACGUCUGGGCCAAGAUGGUCGGUAUAAAGUCAGCAAGAGUCGACCUGCGUGAGUCGCGCCAACGAUUGGCCAACGGCACGUUAGUGGACGACAACUUGAUUGAUGUAUCCGCGGAAGCUAUUCGCAUUGCCGUGCCACACGAAGUCACUGUAGCUCGCAUCAACGACAAUGUCAUCAAUAUUAUCAAGUCAGUUCAGCAACUCCACCACCGGUUCAAGACGGGAACAAACGAAUAUAUUUUGGAGAAAAAGCCUGAAGGACCCAAGAAGGUUCCUAAAAUAUCUAUUCGAACGCGAAAUUUUAUGCUGGAAUUCGAGGAUGGUGCCUUUGAAUGGAAGCUGGGCAUGAUUUACCGUGCUGGUCGUCUGGAACAACGACAGCGCAUGGCCAGAGACGAAGCGUUCGAGGUCAAGAUGAGGCGUGUCCGUGAAGAAGAGCUCAAGCGCGGCAGCAGCAAGAUUCGAUCUCGAUCCACCUUUGCCCGUGGCCGCCAAGAGACUGCCACGUCUUCCUGGUUCCGAAGCAGAAGCGCAGAUAUGUAUCAAAACCGCGACCGUGCCCCCAGAUCUGCAGCAAUCCCGACAUACGAUCCGGACGGCGGCAACAUUGCAAUCAACGGCAACGCCAAGGUUUCCGAAACAGAUGCACGAACACAUCUUGACUUGUUCAAUGCCCAGUCUUGGAGAAAACGCAUCGACCGUGCUUACCAAAUGUCCCAAGACAGUGUCAAGGAGCUUCGCGGCAUGUUUUGGGGCUCCAACCAUCUUCCUGAUGAUGUGGAAGAAACGGAACACAUCUUGGAAGUCCCACCUCGACCGGCUCUUUUCUCUGCUGUCGUCUCUGACUUGCACAUCCUGAUUGAUAAGCCAACCUUCCCUCUAAAGGAACUGCCAGACUUUUUGCACAAGAUAGGAAAGGGUAUGCCCAAGGACAUGGAGUAUGGUCUUUUGGUACCAAUGCACGUAUCAAUCAAUAUGAACGAAACAAGGCUAUCGCUCAGAGACUACCCGCUGCCUUUGCUGCAUAUUCCUGGCCUCAAAUCUGGCCAGUCCUCACGUCUGUUCUCAGUAUCGCUCAAGACAAACUUUGUAUUGGCAGAAGAGUUCCGCGGCGUGGAAUCAACACGCAGAAUCCGAGUCAACAUUGUGCCCCCGAGAAGCUCAGAUCCGGGUGACUCCAACGAAGGCGGCUUCGCUAUCGAAGUUAGACGCUCGAUUGGUCCAGUCAAGUCCUUCACUGAUGUCCAAAUGGAUAUCAACACGGGUCUGCCCACACGCUUUACAUGGGGACCUUGCUACCAACCAGCCAUACAGGAUAUGAUGAUGGUGGUGGAAUCCUUUACAAAGGCGCCGGUUGAUCCGUCCGAUAGGGUCGGCUUUUGGGAUAAGCUGCGUCUCAAUUUUCAUUCACGCAUUCGCGUCGCUUGGAAGGGCGACGGCGAUGUUCAUCUGUGCCUCAAGGGAACCCGCGACCCGUACCAGGUUACUGGCCACGGCGCUGGUUUCCUGAUGUGUUGGCGCAAUGAUGUCAGAUGGAACAUCAACGCUGCUGACGAUCCCAAGAGGCUCUUUGUUGUGCAAAGUGGCGAAUACGUUUGGGCAGUGCCUGACUUUGGGCACCAUGUCCGCGAAGCAGCCCGUCGUCGGGGCGAUGACGAAGGCCGCUUGAUUGAGGACACCAAGUCGGGAACCACGUUCAAGAAGGUCGUCAUGAAAUUGUCUGGCAAAGUGGAAUGGAUUGCUGGCCUUACAUUUGAGAGUGAGAUUGUGGGCGGCAAACGCAACUUUGAGUUCAUUCCUCACUACGACGUCGUUCUCAAGAACCCUCACUUUGCAACGUCGGAUGGCGAUUUGCCGUACGAUGCGUAUCGCGGGUUCCGCAGUAGACAUAUUCAUCUGUCUAUUGCUGUUCGUGCACCGGCUGACCGAGAGUGGCUCGCGGAUAAUCCUGGCCCAUCUCGAAGUUACAACACCGUGCAUCUUACUCCUAGGUUCUUCACACACUUCUUUACUUGGUGGGCGCUCUUUAGCCAGCCCAUGUCGCUUCCUAUCCGGCAAGGUAAUCUUUUCCCUGGCCAUGAGAAGAGCAGCAAGAAGUUUGGGCGACACUUGGCAACCAUCAAGUACAGUCUGCUUCUAGCACCGCUCUUUUUGAGCCACAUUUACAAACACAAGGAUGCAGAAGACUACAUGGAGGACUCUGUUGCCGCCACGGGUGUCAAGGUCCGCUUCGACAGCUUUAUGCUUGACUUGCAUUCACGACGAGAAGAGUUCAACACGUUGGCAAAGACCAAAAACUCCCCCAGCCGCACCUCUGGUAUCAAGAUCCAUGCUGGCCAUUUAGACCUCGCCUGCGCCGAUCUCCGCGCCGUGUCUGCUAGUCUCAAGGGCACCACGGUUGAGGCUCUGAAGAAGGGCUCGCUGUCGUCAUUGAUUACGGACCAAGAUGACAAACCUGACUUGUCUCGAUUUACAAUCCCAGACGACGAUUUUAGCUGGAUCGAUAUGGACGAUUUUGUUGAGCUUGACUGGACGCUACCUACGGAGGCACACCCUGAUACCAAGAUUCUUCCCCUGGCGUAUGCCCCGCGAAUUACCUACUUCCGUCAAACCGAUAUCGGGGGUGUUAUUUCUGGUGAUCCAACCCGCACCAGUCCCUUUGGCAACGAGCCCACGCAUUUCUGUACCAUGAGCACGAGCGAUGAUCCCAAGGAAGUGCAGGCACAGCUUAUCCAAGAGCGCUUGAACCAACUAAGUGUCCAAAUGUCAAGUCAUAAGCGCAACGUUGGGGAAGCUGAGCUCAAGCUUGUCAAGUCCGUAACGAAGGAGCCUGAUAUGGUUGAAGAUUUUGAAGCGCUGCGAAAGCACACCCAUGUGCUGAAAGACAAGGAAACUUUCCUACAGUCUAUGCUGGAACAGAUGGAAGCAAACUUCAGCCAGACCAAGAGACAACGUCACAACCACAGCCGACAGGGGUCUCUGGAUACUGGCAUCGAGAGCCCGCCCAUGGAUCUGCCAGAGGCGGCGCAGUUUGAGAGCGAGUAUAACAACCGAUUCGUUGUUCAUAACAUGCAACUCAAGUGGAACAACUUGCUCCGAAACAUUGUGCUGCGUUACUUUCACCAAGUCAGUCAGCGCCGAGGUUUUGUGUACUAUCUAUCCCGCCCUGCCGUCAAGUUUAUCCUGGAUAUUGUGGAUGAGCAGAGCAAGAAGAAGGACGAUUCUGCUGGCGUCAGCACAUCGCCUGAUCCAAACCCUAAGGAAAAGGAUGCCGCUGAGGACUUGGAAGCCCGUAUCCGAAGUAUGAUUGGAGAAGGUCGCCGACACACCAACGCGACUUUUACUAGUCAUGCAGACUGCACCGGUCCUGGUGCUCUAGGAGAUUUGGAGGGCGGUAUUGCCAAGGAAUUCUCGCCUCAGAACACCUACCAUGUUCGCCUGAUUGCGCCCCAGAUUCAGCUUCAGAGUGACAAGAAUAAGAAGCACGUUGUGUUGGUGACAUCCAAGGGCAUGGAGCUGAAGGUUGUGGAGGUCAUGGACAAGGAGCGCAUUUCUGAUACUGUCAGUGGCCUCGUCCAGCGCCGUCUAUUGCUCAACAUGGACAGCACCCAAUUCUUUGUUACCCACCAGAAGUGGUUCCUGACGAAUCUGGUUUCCAUGUACGCAGGAAGCCGAUACGGUACACCGUCUGGAUCUGCAUGGCCACCAUGGGUGCCCAUGGAAAUCAUGUUUGACUUCCAAAACGAUCCCUUUGGAUUCAAGCGUGUUGUGCAAAAGACGUCGGCGAUGCUGCGUUACGACAAGUACAAUAACCUGCGUCUCAAGUAUAAUGACGAGGUCAACGAAGAAGACUCAGACGCCAACUCGGAGGAUGCCAUCGAGAGCAGAUCCGACUCGCUGCGCGUGGAAUUCCCUCAGGCGCGUGCUCUGUGCAACUCCUCGCAAUACUACGCUCUCUAUGUCAUUGUGCUUGACUUACUGAUGUAUAGCGAACCGCUGGAGAAGACGCGCAGUGAAAGACUGGAGAAGAUUAUGCUUGCGUCCGACUUUAGCGAUCUCAGUGGUGCACCAGAGAUGGUGCAGACACUGCAGGAGCGCAUCCGCCACUUGGAAGAGAUUAAGCUGCAUUUCCACGUAUACUCCAAGUAUCUCGAUAGACGGGGUUGGGAGGAGCGUCUCCUGCUGGAGCGAGACUUGGCAGCCUGUGAAGAUGAGCUCUUCUUUAUCAUGAAGGCUAUUACGACGUCGCAGCGCAAGCAUGCGCAGAAUGCGGACACCAAUGCCCUGCUGAAAUGGAGCAUCUCGAUUCGUGAUAUUGUCUGGCAUUUGAUCCAGGACUCGGCUGAGCCGCUGGUGGAGCUGCAACUCAAGGACAUGGAGUACGACAGAACGGAUAACUCGGACGGAUCACAUAUUAAUCUGAUUCGCGUGGGAAAGAUUCUGGGCCUGAAUCUGCUCAAGGAUGCUACGUACCCGGAGAUUAUUGCACCUUACUACGAGGGCGACAAUACCAUAUCAGCCGACGACGAGAAUACGGACAUGAUUCGCGUGUACUGGCAUAUGUUGGAGGCGAUUGCUGGUAUUCCUGUCAUGGAUCGCUUCGAGGUGAAUCUGUUCCCCAUGAAGGUUCAGUUGGAGCGCGAUGCUGGCAAGCGCCUGUUUGAAUACAUCUUCCCCGGUAUGGACGGCGAAAAGGGAAGCAAGCACGACGGCACCAAGUCGGAAGCGGGUGCUGAUGAGGACGACUCUGAAUCUGUAAGCUCCGCGAGCAGACUGGGCACACCGGCCAUGGACAGAGACAGUACAUUCUCUACUCGUCCUGGAUCGCUGGAGCUGCGCCUACAGCCCACACUUUCUUCGCACCGCACUCCUGAAAAGAAUUCCAAGAAUCUGACAGUAAAUACGGGAGAAGGAUCGGGCUUCCGCCUAUUCCGCAGCAGCAACAGCUCCAAGUCGCUGGCCAAAAAGACAUCCCACGACUCGCUGCGCUCUGGACGACCUGGCCCGCUCGGCAGAUCGUCUACGGGCUUCUCGACCAAGGACUCUGCCGCCAGCACAGACAAGAAGUCAUCGCGCUUCAGCCGCCGCAAGAGCGCGCCAGACAGCAAGCAGCAGUCUGACGACCUGACCAAGAUGAUUAACCGUGCCAGCAACUACAUGACGUUUGCGUACAUCAAGAUGCCGUCUGUGGUGUUGUGCGUCAGCUACCGCGGCAAGGACCAGCGCAACUUUGAGGACGUGCACAACUUUGUCUUCCGUCUGCCGACAAUAGAAUGGCGCAACAAGACAUGGUCGAACCUAGAUCUUGCACUGGCACUGAAAAAAGCCGUCAUAAAGGCCCUCAUUUCGCACACGGGUGCUAUUAUCGGCAACAAAUUCUCCAAGCACCGACCCAACGCCGAGCAGCGCAGCAAGCUCCGUGAGCUGGCCAGCAGCAACGUGCUGAUUGCGCCGUCCACGGGCACCCAGAGCUACGCCAACAGUAUUAACGAUAGUGACGACUCGUCAAGUCUCUACGGUGUGUCGCCAAUUGACUACUCCCGCUCGCCGCCUCAGUCGCGAGGCAGCACCCAGCCGUUCCCGCCGCGCCCAGGAAGCCGGGGUAGCAGCAUUGUCAGCCGGGGCUCGUUCCUUAUGAUGUCGAGCAAUACAAGGGGCCAGGACGUGCCGGCCAAGUUUACCAUGACGCCGCCGACGCCGGUCGAGACGACGCAUAGCAACAGUGGUCUGGGUAUCGAAUUUGCCGAGGCGGAGUCGCCGGAGUCGUCGUCGCAUAGAAGGGUCUUGAAGAAUCUGGAUAGAAGGCCGUCGACGAGUGGCGGGGAGGAGAGGCGGAAGAGUGUUGGGUAUGGGCUGCGGGAUAAGAUUAGCGCCUUUACGCAUCGGAUGAGCCAUCGAGAGAGCAGUCAGCAGCAGAAUGAUGAUGGGGAUGAGAGUGAGGAGGGGGGGGACGAGGAGGAGCAGAGCCCGAGGGUGAAGAAGUUGAGUUGGUCGCAGGGACGGACGAAGACGAGCUGAGUCUGAGAGCCUGGUGAGAGUCUGGUGGGCUCUAAAGAAUAAAAGAAGAGCAGAAGAAAGCAGACGAAGCAGAUUAGAGACGGCUUGUCUACAAAACAGACGGCCCAGACGUAUAUUUGAAUUAGGUUAUUGGGUGGCGUACAUGUUUGUAGAGGAUGCAUUUGUAUAUACUAUCACUAGCAAUGUUGUUUAAAAAGUUUUCUUACUGAUG